AUGGUAUUCGAUAAGACCGGCACUAUCACUAAGGACGGGAUGGAACUGUCUGGGGUGAUCCCUGUCCGGAGAGGCAGUUUUGACAACCGUGUCGAUUUUGGUAAUCACUCCGCGAGCAGACUUCCUACAAACGUUAUUCAUGGUUUGGCUGCAUGUCACACAGUCAGACGACUCCGCGAUAAUCGUCUUGUCGGCAACCAGGUUGAGAUAGCAAUGCUCGAGAAAUGUGGGUGGUCUCUCUCUGUCGGAGGGGAUAAUACCUUUGUCACUUCACCUGAUGGCAGUAGCGUACUUGAAGUCCUCAGGCUGCUGCCUUUUGAUCAUGUUCGGAUGACCAGUGGUUGUGUGGUUCGCGAGCGUGAUACUGGACGUGUCCAGGUGUUGGUGAAGGGAUCGUAUGAGCGUAUGGGAGAGUUAUGUCACGUCGUACCGGCAGACUAUUCGGAACUGACUGACACGUUUGCGGCAUCGAAUAUGUAUGUACUGGCAUUGGGUGUGCGGGAGAUCGGGGCUGAUAUGGUGGAGGAGGUGUUGACUAUGAGUAGGACAGAGAUUGAGAACUCGUUGACAUUGCUGGCCCUGCUGCUCUUCAAAAAUGAGGUUAAGCCGGAUAGUGCAUUGGCUAUCAGUAUGCUACGGGAAGGGGAUAUUCGCAGUGUGGUGUGUACCGGUGAUAAUCCAUUGACUGCCAUUGGUAUAUCUAAGGAGGUUGGUAUAAUAGAUGAUACCAAACCCGUAUUACUUGCUCAUAUCGUUACCAAUGAUAAAGGAGGAUCAUCUCUGGUGUGGUCUGAUCCCGAGUCAGGUGACGAGAUGACGCCAGUGAAAGGAGUCCAUCAGUUAGUGGUAACCCGUGGGGCGUGGAGGUAUCUCUACUAUGAGCAACCUGACGAGUUGGAGGAGUAUUGGUACGAUAUACUGGUGUACGCUCGGAUGAAACCGUCUGAUAAAGUAUCGGUCGUUAAAUGGUAUCAAUCACAUAAAUUGGUAGUUGGCAUGUGUGGUGAUGGUGGUAACGAUUGUGGUGCCUUACGUGCCGCCCAUGCUGCAAUGGCAUUAUCCCAGGCUGAGGCCUCAAUG